AUGCAGGAGAUCGCUGCAGCCCUGAUCGAGGGCGACAAUCACACCGUGAACGCGUUGACCGUCAAGGCGCUGGAGGAGGGCACGGAAGCGCUCGAGAUCAUGGACGACGGGCUCAUCGCCGGCAUGGGCAUCGUCGGCAUCAAGUUCCGCGAGAACUUCAUCUUCGUGCCCGAGGUGCUGGCCUGCGCGCGGGCGAUGAAGGCGGGCAUGGCCCAUAUCGAGCCGAUCUCUCGCGCCGCCGGCGUCGAGCCCAUCGGCACCGUCAUCAUGGGCACGGUCAAGGGCGACCUCCACGACUAUCGCAAGAACCUCUGCAUCAUGAUGCUGGGCGGGCGCGGCUUCGAGGUGGUGGACCUCGGCGUGGACACCUCCGAGGACGAGUUCAUCGCAGCACUGGAGGAGCACAAGGCGCCGAUCAUGGGCAUGUCGGCGCUGCUGACGACGACGAUGCCGAACAUGGGAAAGACCAUCGAGGCGCUGAUCGACGCCGACCUCCGCGACGACGUGUGGUGA